AUGCAAUCACCCCAAUUCCAAGCUGGCGAGACGAAGAUUGUAGGACAAGCUUUCACAGUCAAGUUUGUCCCUAAGUCGGAUACGUCGGCGCCUAAACUGCAAGGGAAUUAUAUCGACCAAAUCCCCGAGGGUGCCGUUGUAUUCAUCUCCCAGCCUUUGCCCCACGUCAAUGCGGUUUAUGGUGGCCUGAUGACCCUACGCGCUCAAGCGCUCAAGGCAGCUGGUGUCGUGAUCGACGGUCGCGUACGUGACCUCGGUGAACACCGUGAUCUCAACUUCCCUCUGUUUGCCCGGUCUGUGGGUACUACUGCCGGUGGAGAAGUGUGUCGCCCCUCGGAAGUGAAUGUCCCUGUCCGGCUCAACUCUAGUGACCAAGAUGCCUGGAUCAAUGCUGGAGAUUACAUUAUCGCUGAUCUAAAUGGCGUGGUCCGCUUGCCACAAGAGCUUGCCGAACAUGUUCUUGACCUCAUUCCUGACAUUGCUGAUGCCGAUGCAAAAUGCGCGGAGGCCAUUAAAGGUGGAAUGAGCGUGCAGCAGGCUUUCAAAGAGUUCCGUGGCCGUUAG